UCAGGCAGCUGGUUUGGGGUGAUGACGUGUAGUCAUCAACAGGACUGCUAACUCCUGCUUACUGACCGGAUAAAUGACAACAGACCCGGCAGCAGGUUUUCAGGUGGACGACGAAGAAACCGCGAGCUUUCAGUGAGUAGUGACAGGCGCCGCCCCGAGCCCGAACGGGAGCAGAAUGAAAAUCCUGGCACUGCCUACGUUUGAGCCAUACUGGAUGAGGACACAACAGCAUUCCUGAACUGUAAACAACGCUGUGUGAGGCUCUGAAGAGAAUUGAGAUGUUUGCCAAAUUGAAAAAGAAGAUAGCAGAGGAGGCAGCCAUAGCGCCCCGCAGCGGUAUCCGCAUACCCCGCUCCAUCAGUAAGGAGUCCAUCACCUCGGGCGGAGCAGAUUCCGGGGAUGACUUUGCAUCUGAUGGCAGCAGCUCCAGGGACGACCUGUCUGCUCAGCUCCUCAGACGAAAUGAACAGAUUCGGAAGCUCGAGGCCAAACUAUCAGACUUCGCUGAGCAGCUCCGAAUAUUGCAGAAGACCAAGGACAAGCUUGAGGUGGCGUUAGAGCAGCAUCAAGAUUCUUCCAUCAAGAAACUUCAGGUCCAGAAUGAGUCUCACCAAGCCUCCAGAGCCAAACUGGCGGAGGGGAUGACCUUAGCCCUGGAAAAGAGGGAUCAGGAAUGGACAGAAAAGAUGUCCUCUGUGGAAAAGGAAAACGCAGCUUUGUCAGCUCGGCUGCAGGAGAUGAUGGAGCAAAGUUUGACACUCUUUCAGAAAAGAGACGACCUUGAUGAAUUGGAGGGUUUUCAACAGCAAGAGCUGGCCAAAGUCAAACACAUGUUGUUGAGGAGGGAGGAGCAGCUGAGCCAGCGGGAGGCGGAGCUUCAAACAUGUAAGCGAGGGCUUUCUGAGGCUGAGGACAAACUGCAGGCUCUGAGCAGACUGCACGACCAGACCUGCACACUUCAUGCUGAGCUGGAAAUAGAACAUGAGGAGCUGCUGUUGCUCAGGGCAGAGGCGGAGAAGAAGUCUGGUGAACUGGAUGUCCGAUGCCGGGAGCUACAGGCCGUCAUCCAGCAGGUUUCUGAAGACUUCCAACAGUCACAGACUCUGGUCGGGACUUUACAGCGAUCCCUUCACCACUUACAGACUGAACGUGAUGCCCUGAAGCUCCAACAACAAAAGGCUGCUGUGACCCAGGAGGGCAUGGAGUGCCUGUUGGUGGACCUUCAAAAGAAAGUCAUUUCCCUGGAGAGCCGCCUGCAAAGGAACCUGAGCCCUGACGAACAUCUGCAGGAGCUCUUUCAAGAGAAACUGACCCUGGAGCAGAGUGUGGAAGAGACCCGAACAAAACUGAUGGCACUUAGGGCAAACCACGCAGAGACAGUCAUCCCUCUGGAGGCACAGGUUUCCAGAAUGAGUUUGAGUAUCAUGGAGCUACAGACUCUCCUCCGACACAAAGACGAGUCCUCCAGAGCCUACAGGGACAGGACAGACGCACAGAUAGCGACCCUGGAACAGGAAGUCCAAGAGAGCAGUGAGCAUGUGAGGAGAGCAGAGAGGCAGCUUACAGACAAACAGCAGCACAGCGACAAGCUGGAAGCAGCGUGGAGAGCAGAGAAGGCCGCCCUGGAUCAGGAGCUGAGUCAGAGGGCCAAACAUCUGGAGGAAUGUGUGUCCACCUUACAGAGGGACAAACGAACGCUGCAGGACAGGCUGAGUGCUCUUGAGCAGCAGAAAGAUGAAGUGAUCUCUGUUCUGAGACAGCGGAUGGAUGAGCUGGACCAGUGCAAGGAGGAGCUUCACAGAUGUCACACACUGAGUGCUGAGAUGGUGAAAGCUCUCGAUGACAGCAGACGACAGGUGGUGGUGCUGGGAACGCAGGUUGGAGAGUUGACCUCAGCACUACAGACCUCACAGCAGGAAGUGACGAGGAUCACUGACCAGCUAACUCGGAGAGACGAGGACCUCAAAACACUCCAUCAAGAGCUGGAGAGUCAACGGGCCUCACUUGGAUUGUUGCAGAAGGACUUUGAGUGGCGACAGGCCCAGCUGGAGCAGACUAACAUGGACAAAGACGCACAGCUGCUCAGCCUGAGGGGGGAGCUGCUGAGCCAGACACAGCAGCUGGACUGCUGCCAGGGACGGAUCUCUUACCUGGAGGUUGAGGUGGAGAUGCUGACUGAGCAGCUUCACUGCCCUGCGGUGUGCGAAGAGGACCAGAACGGCAGCGUGACCGUGGACGACCUCCACCACGUUCAGAAGGUCAACAGAGAGCUGGAGCUGCAGCUCAACGACAAGAACAGGACCAUCAAGCAGCUGCAGCAGAGACUGGCUGAACUGAAGAGGACUCUGCAGAAAGAACUGAAGAUGAAACCUGAGCCGGACACCGAAGGGAAAGAGAAGUUGCCAGAGUGUAGAACAGAUAAACAGGAGCGGGUUAGUCCUGACCCGGUGCCAGAGUCCAUGCCGGCUCCUCUGCCCGCAAACAUCACUGUGACCAAUACCUCAGACAUCAGUGACUCCCGAGAAAUUAACUUUGAGUAUCUGAAACACGUGGUCCUGAAGUUCAUGUCGUCCAGAGAGGCUGAGGCGUACCAGCUGAUACGAGCCGUGUCUGUGCUGCUCAACUUCACCCACGAGGAAGAGGACAUGCUGAAGCAGACUCUGGAAUACAAGAUGUCCUGGUUUGGAUCCAAGCCUUCUCCAAAGGGAACCAUCCGACCCUCAGUCUCAGGUGUUCACUGAAGCUGAAGUUGAAACCACGAAGCAGGCAGCAGCAGUUUGUGUUUUUUUUUUUUUGGUGGAGGACUUUUUUUCAGCUCAUAAUGCUGCACACUGUCUCUGAGGGGAUAAAGACUUAUUUCUGAUCAGUUGUUGAAUUUAAAAUGACAAUGUUUAAUCAUCUUUAACCACACUAUGCUUUAAAGUGUCUAAUUUUUCCAAUCUGAACCUCUGACAGUUUUGUUUGUCUUCAGGGUUUUGUAAUAAAGCAACCACAAUGUGCUGAAAAAUAACUGCCUCUCAUUCACGUCCAUCCAGACAUGCGGUGUCACAGUCCCUGAGACUGCAGGCGGUGGCUGCAGAUGAACCUCAAUGGUUUGCUCUUGACAAACUCGGAUACCUCCACACUGGGAUUUUCUUCUGUUUGUUGAACUCUAUUAUAAUCAGAAGAUUGUCUCGGACGGGUUAGACUUGAGGAUUAAUGGACAAUAAACACCUUCAUCCUUGUCCGGCGUCACCAUGCAGUAAAACCUCAAAUCCUGAGGGAGCUGAAGGGACACGGGGCUGAUUGUGGU